AGCAGUGUAUCAACACUUCAUGGAGGUGGUGACUGAUGAAACUGGAUGGCUUGAUUUUUACGCUGCAUGCCCUCCGAAAAGGAGUCAAGAGAGACGAAAAAGCAAACUGCAUGCCAUCCAGGCAGAGAAAGAGAUUGCUCUAUCUGCUGUGUUUACUGUGUGCUAUGAUGUUUUCUCUGGAUUUGCACACUUCAGUCGUUCAACUCAACAAUCCUUAGACACUGAUUUGCUAGACUUCUUGCUCCACAGUCAGAGCUUGCUAACUAUAUGUUUGGAAGACUACUGGGCUGCUUAUGAUAAAUCAAGUGAGUUGUUAAAGAUUACAGAAACUGGUGCUCGUCGCACAACAUCAUUUGUAGGAUCUGUUGUUGCAACCAAGUUAUCUGUAACAAUGGAAGCACAAGAAGAGCCAAGUACCUUGACAACAUCAGAAGAUCAUCAAAAUUAUAAGCCUCAACACAGGCUUAAACUGAGAAAGGAUCCCUCCUCCCCGGUGAUGGAAACCAUAAACUCUGUGGAGGAGGGCAGUGCCACGAAAUCAAGACAUCUUCAUCGAAAUUUAGUUAAGAAGUAUAGCAACAAGCUGGUAUCGACAAGCUCUGAUGUAUGGAUGGGGACUCAGUUGCUUUUCAUAGACAUCAUGACUGCCGUGGAGGUACUCCUGAAACAAUUGCGUGGCGACAAGGUUACAAGGAGGGAAAGAAGCAAGCUAAAAAGAACGCUGAAUGACAUGACUUCACUCAUUCCAGUUACAAUUCUAAUGCUACUUCCUGUAUCUGCUGUAGGUCAUGCUGCCAUGCUAGCAGCAAUCAAGAAGUACAUACCAGGCUUGAUCCCUUCUCCAUAUUCUUCUGAGCGGCUGGAUGUUGUGAAACAACUAAAGAGAAUCAAGAAGAUGGAGGUUAGGACGCGGAGCAACCUUGAAGAUCCAUCCUCUAGAAUAACUUAAGUAAUUGCUUGUGCUGCUCUCUUCACCCUGACUCAGAAUAAACUGAUUAUGUUAUUAGCAGUGUUUGUAAAUAGUCAAAUGAAUAAAUGUCUUUUC